AUGUCUUCACGCUGGUUUGCCCCGCUGUUAAUUGCUGCGGCCGUUCUGGGCUGGCUGAUGGCCACGCUGUUUGGCGAUGUCGGCUGGUUGCAGACCACCACAGCGAUCCUGCAGAACAGCUUCCUCGCGGCAUUACGCAUGAUCAUCGUGCCAUUAAUCUUUUUCUCUCUGCUGACAGGGGUACUGCAGCUGCGUGGUACUCGAUCAAUGGGCCGACUUGGCGGCGUCACUGUGUUGUAUUACAGCGCAACCUCCGCCAUCGCCAUCGGCAUCGGCCUGACCGUGGUAUUUUUCAUCCACCCCUGGACCGCCUACCCGCCCCUGGCCGAUUUACCGGAAAUGACCAGCGGCUUAAUCGCUCAGGACCAGGGCGGCGCUAUGGCGCUGAUCGGCAACCUGCUGCAAUCCAUGCUGGUCAAUCCGUUUACGGCUCUGGCAGAAAUCAACAUUUUAGGUGUGCUGACGACCGCGCUCAUUUUUGGCCUCGCGGCAGCGUUUACGCUGCCCGAAGAUUCACAUUGGCCGAAGAUGCUGGAUGAGAUGACAAAAGUUGUCUACACCUGCGCCCGCUGGGUAUUAACCACCCUGCCGAUCGGUAUGUUUGCCAUCACCUUCCAGUUGACCGGCAGGAUUGAUCUGGCAACACUGACAUCACUGGGUCAGUUUGCGCUGGUGGUGUUUGGCGCUACCGCUCUGCAUGGGCUGGUGAUCCUGCCAACCAUUGCCUGGGUGUUUGGCAAUGUUUCCCCUAUCAGGCUGGCCAAAGCGUUGGCGCAACCCAUGCUUACCGCGUUUAUCACCUCCUCCAGCGCCGCCACCCUGCCUCUGUCCAUGACCACUGCAGAGGAAAAACUCGGCGUCGAGCGCAGCAAGGCUGCCUUUGUAUUGCCUCUGGGCGCCACCAUCAACAUGGAUGGCACCGCGCUGUUUGAAGGCAUCGCGGUGAUUUUCCUGGCCUAUAUGUUCAGCGUACCCAUCGACGCAGGCAGCGUUGUGAUGGUGUUUCUGAUCACCAUGCUGGCCUCUGCCGGUGCGCCAGGCAUACCGUCGGGGUCCAUGGCAGGUCUGCAGGUUGUACUGCUGGCGGUUGGCAUUCCCCUGGAGGCGAUCGGUUUGCUGUUACUGAUUGAACGACCGCUGGACACCUUCCGCACCGCCGUGAAUGUUGAAGGCGAUCUGAUUGGGGACAUGACCGAAUUCUGCAUCGUAGAUAAAUCCAAUCACAUAAUGACCGUGCGCUUGAAUCGACCUGAUCGACUGAAUGCACUGCAUCCACCAGCCAACGCUGAACUCGGCGAAGUAUUUGAUGAUUUUGCUGCGGAUAGUGACAUGUGGGUGGCGAUCAUCACUGGCGAGGGCCGCGGUUUCAGCGCGGGUAACGACUUACGCUACCAGGCGGAAGGCGGUGAACGCGUGCCCAUGCCGCGCGGUUUUGGCGGCUUAACUUCUCGAUUUGAUCUGAGCAAACCGGUCAUCGCCGCAGUUAACGGUGUCGCCAUGGGCGGCGGAUUCGAAAUUGCGCUGGCAUGUGACCUGAUCAUUGCUUCGGACAAAGCCCGUUUUGCGCUGCCUGAGCCCAAAGUUGGCCUCGCUGCACUGGCCGGCGGCCUGAAUCGACUGCCUCGACAGAUAGGACCAAAACGUGCCCUGGGCAUGAUUCUGACCGGUCGCCACGUUGCCGCAGAAGAAGGCGAAAAACUGGGUUUCGUGAAUGAAGUUGUGCCUCAUGAUGAGCUCAUGUCGGCUGCGCUACGCUGGGCGAAUAUGAUUACGGAGUGUGCACCGCUGUCGAUCCGGGCAAGCAAAGAUGUGGUUUAUCGAAGUCUCGACAACCCUUCUUUAGAGGCAUCCAUGAAGGCUAAGUAUGAUUCGGUACAGAGCAUGGUCACCAGUGAAGAUUUCAUCGAGGGAAUUAACCACCAAUGCCUGAGCGGCAACAAUGGCAUCGGCGACUACGGCAACCGCGAGACAGAUAUCGUUGAGCGUUUCCGUUUCGCCGCGCUUGGACAUUUCAGUCACAAUUUCGGUCUGCGGAACGGUCACGUGCAACAGGUCACACAUAAGGAUCUGAUUGCUGCCGCCCUUGCAGAAGUAGACACCCUCGACAUUGACGAUGCUGUUGCCCUGCUCGAUCAGGAAGACAUCGUAUUUGUAGAUAUCCGCGACCCGCGCGAACUGGAACGCGAAGGUAAGGUGCCCGGCGCGGUGCAUGCGCCUCGCGGUAUGCUGGAAUUCUGGGUGGACCCCACCUCACCGUAUUACAAAGAGGUUUUCGGCUCGGAUGCUAAGUUUGUGUUCUAUUGCCAGAGCGGCUGGCGUUCUGCUCUGGCCACCAAGGCUGUUCAGGAUAUGGGGCUCGAAAACGUCACCCAUAUCGGUGAAGGCUUUCGCGGCUGGAAAGAUGCUGGCGCCCCAACCGAAGAUGUCACGCCUCGCGGCUGA